AUGGCCAGUAUCAUUAAGAAGCCAAACCUGGGCUCCGCCCCACCGAAAAAGAAGAUGGGACCCAAACCCGAACUUACAGAGGACCAGAAACAAGAAAUUAGGGAGGCAUUUGAUCUCUUCGAUACAGAUGGAACUGGGACCAUAGACGUCAAAGAGCUCAAGGUGGCCCUGAGAGCUCUGGGUUUCGAACCCAAGAAAGAAGAGAUAAAAAAAGUGAUAUCUGACCUCGACAAGGAAGGGACGGGAAAAAUCAGUUUCAAUGACUUCUUGGCUGUGAUGACUCAAAAAAUGGCUGAAAAGGAUACCAAAGAAGAGAUUCUGAAGGCUUUCAGGCUCUUCGAUGAUGAUGAAACCGGAAAAAUCUCCUUCAAGAACUUAAAACGUGUGGCCAGAGAGCUAGGCGAAAACCUCACUGAUGAGGAACUGCAGGAAAUGAUUGACGAAGCUGAUGGAGAUGGUGAUGGAGAAGUCAACGAGCAGGAGUUCCUGCAGAUCAUGAGAAAGAACAGCCUCUACUGA